AUGUGGGAGAAGAGGGAGAAUGGAAGUGAAGAUGAGGGUUUAAAGAAGAACAGAAAUUUCAAUCGUGCUAUUCAGGUCCAAAACAACAACUCAGACGGCACACUGCACGUACCUACCUGCAUGGUACCCAAGUACCUGGUGCCCGCUUGGCGGCAGGGAAUAAAUCGCCGCAAGCCCACCAAAGCGGAGGCUCAAGCCUCGCCUGGGCACAUGGAUAACAAGAUACUGGUACUGAGUGGCGGCGACACCCUCAUACAACGGUUCGCAGUUCAGGUCCCUUGCAUCCUCCCUCGCGCUCCCCUCCCUUCUGUUGCGGGGUUCAGUAACGCCGGUGAAGCCCGCGAGAAGUCCUCAAUCAGAAAAACCCAUGCUUUGCAGUCAGUCUGA